UUGUUUCCAGUCGGUCGGUCCGUCGGUCCGUCGGUCGGUCGGUUAGUCAGCCGACCGGCCAGCCGGCCAGCCGGCCAGCCAGCCAGCCAACCAGUCGGCCAGCUUGUCGAUGGGAGACAAGACUGGCCGGACGGCGCUGCUUGUCGCCUGUCCGCUUCUGACAAUCUCCCCCUCGAGGGGGCCAAUGAAACUGUCAUUGUGGAGGGACUUCGGACGGCGUGGGCGCUGAUCCGAGCCUCGACUGACGGGCCGACUGGGACAGACUCGUCAGUCGAGGCUUCCCUGCAGUCGCGAACCCCUCAAGCCCUCCUCCGGCCGGCGACGUUAUCGUGGCCCAGGCUGGCUCAUCUGCCUGCGGGGGGAGAUGUUGGCAGGUGUCGCGAAGCCGUCGGUUGUCGAGUACUGUGA